GCUGACAAGGUCGUCAAGGUCCCACAGAUGGCCGAAUCUAUUUCUGAGGGUACCCUUAAGCAGUGGGUCAAGAAGGUCGGAGACUUUGUGAAGCAGGACGAGGAAGUUGCUACUAUUGAGACCGACAAGAUCGAUGUCACUGUCAACUCCCCUGCCUCAGGUACCAUUGUCGAAGUAUUUGCCCAGGAAGAGGACACCGUCUCUGUUGGUGGUGAUUUCUUCAAGCUUGAGCUUGGAGAUGCCCCCAAGGAAGGUUCCGUUCAGACCAAGAAGGAGGAGCCCAAGUCUGAGACCAAGGCCGAACCCAAGGCUGAAGUUAAGGUCGAGUCUAAGAAGGAGGAGCCCAAGGAAGUUAAGGCUACCCCUACUCCCACCCCUACCCCAGCUGCCGCUCCCAAGGCUGCUGCCCCCGUCGCUGAGGAUUCCAAGAAGGUCUUUGGCAACCGUACCGAGAACCGCGUCAAGAUGAACCGUAUGCGUCUCAGAAUUGCCGAGCGUCUUAAGCAGUCCCAGGACACCGCCGCAUCCCUCACAACCUUCAACGAAAUCGAUAUGACCAACCUCAUGAACCUCCGUAGCCAGUACAAGGAUGCUGUUGUUAAGAAGCACGAUGUUAAGCUUGGAUUUAUGUCUGCCUUUGUUAAGGCUUCCGCCGCCGCUCUCGAGGCUAUUCCCGCCGUCAAUGCCUCUAUUGAAGGAAACGAGAUUGUAUACCACGAUUACGUUGAUGUCAGCGUUGCCGUCUCUACCCCCAAGGGUCUUGUCACACCAGUUCUCCGUAACGUUGAGGAUAUGUCUUUCAUCGAUAUCGAAAAGACUAUUGCUGCCCUCGGAAAGAAGGCUCGCGACAACAAGAUCACCAUUGAGGAUAUGGCUGGUGGAACCUUCACCAUUUCCAACGGCGGUGUCUUUGGCUCUCUUAUGGGUACUCCUAUCAUCAACAUGCCUCAGGCUGCUAUCUUGGGUAUGCACUCCAUCAAGGAGAGACCCGUUGUCGUUGACGGCAAGAUUGAGAUUCGCCCCAUGAUGUACGUUGCCUUGACAUACGACCACAGAAUCAUCGACGGUCGUGAGGCUGUUACCUUCCUGGUGAAGAUCAAGGAGAUCGUUGAGGACCCUAGACGCUUGCUUCUC